AUGGAUAGCUUGAAUGUCACUCUGCUGGCUUUCCUGGCGGGAUUUAUAUUCCUCUAUCAGCGAUGGUCACGGCCGAUACUCUGGAGCACCAAGCAGCUCAUUUCCAGAAAGCCUCCAUCCACACGACCUACCACAAACACAUCAGCAUCGUCAACCCACGGGGUAUUCAAAGAGCCCGACUUCCCAUCCGACUGGCUCGUAGGCACCCAGACCUUCGAGCUAGAGAAACGGGCCAUUUUCAGCAAAACCUGGAUCUGCCUCGUCCACCGCAGCCGGUUCCACAAACCAGGCGACUACCAGUCGUUCUCCCUAGCAGGGUUUCCCCUCUUCCUCAUCCUCAGCAAAGACGGCGAAGUGCGCGCAUUCCACAACGUCUGCCGCCACCGCGCCUACACGAUCACCAAGAAAGAGAGCGGGUCGACGCCCGUGCUGGGCUGUCACUACCACGGCUGGAGCUACAAUACCUUCGGCGCGCUGAUCAAGGCCCCGCACUUUGACGGCGUGCGGGGCUUUGAUAAGGCGCAGAAUGGUUUGUUCCAGAUCAGCGCGUUUACGAGCGGCUCUGGGUUUGUGUUUGUUAAUUUGGAGGUUGCGACGCCGGCGGGGGGGCCUGAUGUGGGCCUGUUGGAUGCUUUUGCGGGGAGGGGUGGGCUUGUGCCGCGGAAUACCUCUCCUUGGGUGGCUGGGGAGUCUAUUGAGGCGGGAUUUAAUUGGAAAUUGGGAGUCAAGUUGCUGCACUUGGACACCCAACGGCUGGAAAAAAAGGUUGCGCCUACGCCGUGGCUGGCCAACUUGGUCACACGCUUCCAAAGACGACAGGACAAUUGUGUGCUGUUCCCUACUGCGUCGGUUGCUACGAUUCACGGCACGCGAUGGUGGUAUACGAUUAAUUUGCUGCCGCUGGCUCCGGAGAAGACGGUGGUCCGAUGCGACCUGCACUGCUCCGAGCGCACGAGCAAGGCGCAGGUUGACAAGGCCAUGGAAAAGCUAAUGUUACUGCUGCAAGAGAACAUUCGAGAAAUUGAAGUAGAGUACCGGACGCUUACGGAUGCCUCUCGAGAGUCUUACAUGAUGUCUGUUUCUAGGGAGUCAGAAGACCAUCAGACGGCGAUCCUCGAGCGUCUCCAGGAGCACGUUAAGCUAGAGAAGGCCCAAGGCAAUCCAAUCCACCCGGCCAUGCGGAAACGGCGUGAGAAUCCACAAUUUGAGCAAGCUGAGCAGCUCUGCCAGUCUCUGGACUGUGUGGCCAGUGCAGGGACGGACAUAUCCUCUAAUGCCCUGGCUUGGUGA